GAAAGCGGCGGGACCAGCGCCCUCAUUAAGAGAGCCGCCGGCGCGCCCAAGGGAUCCAGUUUGGGAAGAAGCAGAUUUCAGAAGACCUCCUGAGCUGCUGUUCCGCAGAGCCCAUCAUGGCACUGGCCCACCUGACGCCUUGGGCCGCUCUGCUGCUGGUGGAUAUGGCUUUACUCGCGUUGCUUCGAGGGUCUCUGGGAAAUCUGCUUCCCCAGGGACUUCCAGGACUGUGGCUGGAGAGCACCCUGCGCCUUGGAGGAUUGUGGGGGCUGCUAACAGCGGGAGGGCUGCUCGGACUUGUUGGCACCUUUCUUCCCUUGCUCUGCCUGGCCACCCCACUUUUUUUCUCGCUGAGAGCCCUGGUGGGAGGCACCAUGAGUGCCCCAGCAGUCAGAGUGGCUUUUGCCUCCUGGGGCUGGCUGCUGGCUGGCUAUGGGGCUGCCGCGCUGGGGUGGGCUGUGUGGGCUGUGCUGAGCCCUCCGGCAGCCCAGGAGAAGGAACCAGGCCAGAACAACAAAGCCCUGAUGUGGCGGUUGCUGAAGCUCUCCAGGCCCGACCUGCCUUUCCUCAUAGCUGCCUUGUUCUUCCUCAUGGUGGCUGUGUUAGGGGAGACCUUAAUUCCUCACUAUUCUGGUCGUGUGAUUGACAUCCUGGGAGGCGAUUUUGACCCGAAUACUUUUGCCAGCGCCAUCUUUUUCAUGUGCCUGUUCUCUGUUGGGAGCUCCCUGUCUGCAGGCUGCCGAGGAGGCUUCUUCACCUUCAUCAUGUCCAGGAUCAACCUGCGGAUACGAGAGCUGCUUUUCUCGUCCUUGCUGCGCCAAGACCUUGGUUUUUUCCAGGAGACUAAAACAGGGGAGCUGAACUCACGCUUGAGCUCAGACACCUCCCUGAUGAGCUGUUGGCUUCCCCUGAAUGCCAACAUCCUGCUGCGGAGCCUGGUGAAGGUGUUGGGGCUCUACUUCUUCAUGCUCCGGGUGUCGCCCAGACUCACCUUCCUCUCGCUGCUGGACCUGCCCCUCACAAUAGCAGCCGAGAAGGUGUACAAUCCCCGCCAUCAGAGCCUGGUGUACAUGUAUGGAGAUAUGCUGAGCAACGUGGGUGCCGCUGAGAAGGUUUUCUGCUACAUAGACCGAACGCCAAAUCUGCCCCAGCCUGGGACCCUGGCCCCUGCCAGUCUGGAGGGCCGCGUGGAAUUCCAAGACAUCUCCUUUUCGUACCCCAGUCGCCCCGAGAAGCCUGUACUCAAGGGCCUGACGUUCACACUGCACCCUGGAAAGGUGACAGCGUUGGUGGGGCCCAAUGGGUCCGGGAAGAGCACCGUGGCUGCCCUGCUGCAGAAUCUGUACCAGCCCACGGGGGGCCAGGUGCUGCUGGACGGCCAGCCCCUGGUCCAGUAUGAUCACCACUACCUGCACCGCCAGGUGGUUCUGGUGGGACAGGAGCCCGUGCUCUUCUCCGGGUCUGUGAAGGACAACAUUGCCUACGGCCUGAAGGACUGUGAGGACGCUCAAGUGAUGGCAGCUGCUCGGGCAGCCUGUGCAGACGACUUCAUAGGGGAAAUGGCUGACGGGAUACACACAGACAUAGGGGAGAAAGGGGGCCAGUUAGCUGUGGGACAGAAACAACGUCUGGCCAUCGCCCGGGCCCUUGUGCGGAACCCACGGGUCCUCAUCCUGGAUGAGGCUACCAGUGCCCUGGACGCCCAGUGUGAGCAGGCUCUGCAGGCCUGGAGAUCGCAGGGGGACAGGACGGUGCUGGUGAUUGCCCACAGGCUGCACACGGUUCAGAACGCCGACCAGGUCCUGGUGCUCAAGCAGGGGCAGCUGCUGGAGCAAGACCAGCUCAAGGAAGAACAGGAUGUCUAUGCUCACCUGGUACAGCAGCGACAGGAGGACAGCACCUAGCAUCAUGGACAAACAUCUGGGCAUGUCGAGGGAGUUCUAGACUGGGUUGCCCGAGCUUGGAAUAACUGCGGGGGAGCCAUCCCAUGGGCUGGGGCAUGGCCCAGACUACACAGAAGGGGACAGUGAGCUGAGCACCAGCAUCAUCUCUCUGCUUUCUGCAGCAGAGGCCAUGUGACCAGACACCUCCGUUCCUGCCUCCCCUGACGUGAUGGACUGUACCCUGAAGUGUGAGCCAAGUAAACUUUUCCUUAAG